CCCGCCCAAUCCGCCCCAUCCUCGCCCAGCGCUCGAAAUCGGACCUGCUGCCUUUAUAACCCUCGAAAUGAGAAUGGCCUUUGUUCGGAUGUCCAAGGCUGCAUCCUCCGAUUCCCGCACAAUGGCACACUUUACUCGCCCUUAAUCCGACUGAAGGCCGACAACUUGACGACGACCGUGGCCGAGAUGAAUCCAGCCUUUUGCGAGGUGGUUCACGACUCGAAACCCUCGCUCCAGACCGACCUGACCGACCUAGCUCCGGCUGAGGCGUGUUUAGGCCAAUUUGAGUUGAAUACCCUCCUACCCGAAGAGGAUGAGGUGGCGCCGUUUGAGUUACGCCCCUACGUCUUUCAAGACGCCUAUUCUUCCCAGGGUAUGCCUGGGAUUGAUGUCCAAAUCGGCGAUGACAGUCUCCGAGGUCAUGAGAGUUUCAGGAUGCGCAUCCAAAACACGGCCUUAUGUCCGGAAGAUGCGGAUCAGUUGGCCCAACAUCCGGAUUGCAAACCCCGAUGUGUGGAGAUUGAAAAGAGCCGGAUGAUGGUCCAACCUCGGGCCAGGUUGAGCUAUGAUUGUGAGGUCGGGUUCUAUGUGAACCAGGAUGAUCACGUGGUCGUGACCACGGGUCAGACGUAUCAGAUUGACUUUUGUAGCGGGUUGAGGGGCCAAGAACUCACGUGUAGCUCGUUUUACUUCGCCAUGCCGAAUGUGGAACACAUGCCGCCGAUUUUGCCUUUGCUGGAUCGAACCGCCCUCUUGUUCCAAAAAAGGAUUGCCGUGACAUUGCCCGUGGAGAAUGAAUAUACGCAGGUGGAGGUUCUUCGUCGUGAGGAAUCCGAGGCUGAACCGAAACUCUUUCACACGCAGGAAGUACGCGGAAAGCGUAAUGCCAAUUUCCAUGAUAUUUUGAAGCCGGGAUAUUACAGUAUCAUAUUGAAGAGCGAUCGGGAUGAUUUGGACCAUCUAGUGGCCGAAUUCCAUGUGCCCGAUCAGACUGGGUCCAUCUUGGGCUUGGUCCUCUUGUUGUUGUUCGUCAUAGCAGCCAUUUUUUUCGGGGCCUACACGUACAAACGUUACCAAACGGUGAAACAGUCUAAUCUUGUGAGUCCGAAUCGACUUUUAGAAGCUGAACGAAUCUCGCCCAAGAGCGUUUUUAUCAUCACGAAUGUGGACAAUCGGCAUCAUAUCGAUAUUGUGUUGUCCUUUUCAAAAUAUCUAAAGAAUCAUUGUGCCGUGGGCGAGGUCUAUUUUGCGUUGGAUCCGAAGACUGGGAUUAAUUCUCACCCCCAACAUGAUCCGUGGAAAUGGGCUCAAGAUGUGGCCGAUAAGAUGGGCUCUUUGGACAAUUCGUGCUUGGUGUUCAUUGGUGCCCCUCCCUCAACCAUGGGAUUGUGCAUCUACAGGGACUUACCCAACAACCAAGCUUUCGUGAGCACAAAGUAUUUGAAGAAUAUGUGUGACGAAGAUCGUGUGGCUAUCGUUCAAUUUCCAUAUUCGGAUCCUGACACAAUUCCCAAUUUGGUUCCGCCCCAUAUUCGGGCCAAGCCCUGGAAUCUGCCCAAAGACAUGAACUCCUUCUUAUGCCAAUUGUUGGAGAUCAAGAAGAGAGAGCUGUACCCGUGCAUUCGGCUCCCCAUCGUUCAACCCCAGGUUGUGCCCCAAGAUAUCGAGAAAUUUCCCGGGGGUCGGGAAAUGCUGGAGAACAUCAGUAAUCUCGCCGCCAAGGCCGACCGUCACAAGGCCGAACUGAAGGCCGCCACCUCAGCUACUCUCAACGGUGGAGGGGCUGGUUCGACCUUGUCCCGAACCACGGAGUUCUCGACGUUUUCAGACUCCGAAGAGCGUGGCCUUUUAAGGUCACAAAAGGCUGCUGACGCGAAACCCGAUCGUCAUCGUGUAGAAGAGGAACCGAUCAAGAUUGAAAUCGAGCCUCACAUGUUUAGUUUGCGUGGAGAGAGUGCCCCUAAGCGAGAUCAAGCUGUCGAUCCAGAGUUCCUGACCUGAAACGGACGUAUAUAGCUGGACCCUUUUGUCAGAGGAUGAGUGAUCCGUGGAUUGUUCCAAGUGUUGCUAUGAAUGCUUUCUUUAUUGUACAGCUCAAUCGAUUCCUUUGAGACUCAAAUGACGACGUACACACAUGGAUAGUGGGCGUGUUGGAGCAAUUGUAAUCAGAUUCGAUGUCUCUUCAUCGCCCCUAUCCCUAGUCUCUGGAUGUUUCCUGUUAUUUGGCAUAUUUCAGCUACACGUUGCAAUGCCAGCCAGUAAAUUACACUAACAUUAAAGAUAGCACUACUAUUAUAUCUUCUUCUUAUUGCAAGCUACCCGUCAAUUUUGCUAAUAUUCUUGUCAUGAUAAGAAAUAAACGUCACAAUAUGCAAAUGCA